CUGACUCGCGUUGAAACCUCCACCGGCAUUGGCCACCGAAAGACGAUAGAUUUCGAUCGUCUGCUGGCGCUCGAUCAUACCCUGCCCGUUGAAACCGAUCUCGAGCGCCGCGAUUUCACCAUCAACGCCAUGGCGCUCGACCUGCUUGACGAGCGCCUCAUUGACCCAUUCGGCGGGCACGCCGACCUGGAACGGUGCCUGCUGCGUCAGGUCAGUUCGAUGGCCUUCCCCGAAGACCCCCUGCGCAUGCUGCGCGGGGUGCAAUUUGCCAGCCGUUUCGGGCUGCACGUCGAGCCGGAAACGCGCUCGGCGAUGUCGGCGCACGCCACUUCGAUCGACACCGUGGCACCCGAACGGAUUGCCAUGGAGUUGCAAAAGCUUUUCCAGGCGCCCAAGCCAUCGCACGGCUUUGUCCUGAUGCAAGAGCCCUUCACGACACCCGGUCGGCGGGCAUCGCAGGGGGAUGCGCCGCUGGAGACCAGCCUGUUCGGAUGCAGCAUGCGGCGGCUCGACGCCGUCCAGCAAGGCGCCGAUGUGGUCAACCGCGGCGAUUUACACGUGCUGCUGGCGGCUGUGUGGCUUGACUGCCAACCAGCUGAGGACGAAUCCACGGAUGCGCAGCAGGCGCCGUUGCAAUGGGCUGCCGGUCUGGCGCAGGAACGCCUGGAGGCCCUGCGUGCCACCACCAUUGGCGUUCGGCCCGCUUUGGUCGCCGCCCUGAUCGCCGGGAGCGAUUUCGAGAUCGAUGCCCUGGCCCCGGCGGGGGGCCUGCGCCAUUUUGCCCACAGGCUGGGGUGCGACGAGGCGUUCAUGGUGAUCGAUCUUCGUGUUGCCGAACGUCUUGCCAACCACGCUGUCCAAGGAAUUGACGACCUGCUGGACGUGCGCCGACGCCUGCGUGCUGAAAUCGAGCGGGGCUCACCCCUGGGGCUCAAAGACCUCGCGGUCAACGGCAACGACAUGUGUCGUGCAGAUCGGCGUACGCCCGGUACAAAUGUGUCCGGGCAUGGACAGGAUUCUGACGAUCUAUGCAGACGUACUCUGAUCUCGACCCAGCCCGCGCCCGCAACAAACAGCGAGGAAAGCCAGGGAAGCGAUCCAGGCGCAAAAUUAGCUGCACGCGUUCAAUGUUCGAAGCCGGGAUAG